AUGAACCCGACACACCUCUCCUCGUCCUCGUUCGCCGGUCCACGCUCGCAGAACCGCCUCUCGAUACAGUCGAAUGCCUCUAGACCAUCGAAUCCCCAGCCACGACGGGUGUCGACCUAUUCCGUUCGCUCCCAUGACCAUGCGCAAGCGGCUACCGGAGCGUCUACUGGCGUAGAUGCCAGCCAGACAGCUAUAACGGAGGAAAUCAGCGAGAUAAAACGUUACGAGGACUUCACAACCAUUGAUUGGGUGCAGGAUGCCGUUCAGGAGCAGACUCGUCGACGCAUACGGAGGACAGAGGGUGCUCGGUUCUGGGACCAAGAAGGCGCAUUUGGAUGGAGACGGAAGCUCGAUGAAGCUUAUGAUGCGGGCCAGGCAUGGCUUGUGAUGACAAUUGUCGGUGUAGCCAUUGGACUCAAUGCUGGCUUUCUGAAUAUUGUUACGGAGUGGCUGGCGGACGUGAAGCUGGGAUACUGUACGACUGGAUUCUAUCUGAAUGAAGCCUUUUGCUGCUGGGGUUCAGAAGACGGAUGCCCCGAGUGGAAGCGAUGGAGUGCAUUCUCUCCCAUUAAUUAUAUUGUCUACUUCCUGUUUGCGAUUCUCUUUGCCUUUUGUUCAGCAGGGCUGGUUAAUCCCUUUCCCCCUUAUGCAGCAGGCUCCGGUAUAUCUGAAAUCAAAGUCAUCAUCGCUGGGUUCAUCAUGAAGGGCUUCCUUGGUGCCCGUACCCUAGUGAUCAAAUCUCUCGCCCUACCGCUGUCUAUCGGCUCAGGCCUCGCAGUUGGUAAAGAAGGCCCUAGCGUUCACUUUGCUGUCUGUACGGGUAACGUUAUAUCUCGUUGGUUUAGCAAAUAUAAGCGAAAUGCUGCCAAAACCAGGGAGAUUUUGACCGUAACGUCUGCUGCGGGCGUCGCAGUUGCUUUUGGAAGUCCCAUUGGCGGAGUGCUAUUUUCCCUUGAGGAAAUGGCAUCCUAUUUUCCACUGAAGACUCUCUGGAGAAGUUAUUUUUGUGCUUUGGUAGCAACUGGUGUCCUAGCUAUAAUAAAUCCAUUCCGCACGGGUCAGCUGGUCAUGUUCCAGGUCCAGUACGACCGAUCCUGGCAUUCUUUUGAAAUUAUAUUCUUCAUCAUUCUCGGAAUUUUUGGGGGACUCUAUGGUGCAUUUAUCAUGAAAUGGAACCUGCGAGCACAAGCAUUCAGAAAGAAGUAUCUUUCGAAACACCCAAUUAUCGAGGCCACAACCCUAGCCGGUUUAACAGCUCUGGUUUGCUAUCCGAAUAUGUUCUUGAGAAUCAAUAUGACCGAAAUGAUGGAGAUCCUCUUUCGAGAGUGUGAGGGCCCGCACGAUUAUAAUGGGAUUUGCCAAGCCAAAAACCGCUGGUCGAUGGUCAUUUCACUGUUAGGAGCUACUAUUCUCCGUAUAUUCUUUGUUAUCAUAUCCUACGGGUGUAAGGUCCCUGCUGGUAUUUUCGUGCCAUCCAUGGCUGUCGGCGCCUCGUUCGGUAGAAUGGUCGGGAUACUCGUCCAAGCCCUCCACCAGAGGUUCCCAGACUCACAAUUUUUUGCAUCUUGUGAACCUGAUGUUCCCUGCAUUACCCCCGGCACUUAUGCCCUUCUCGGUGCUGGCGCUGCGUUGAGUGGCAUAAUGCAUUUGACUAUAUCAGUGACGGUUAUUAUGUAUGAGUUAACCGGUGCACUGACUUAUAUUCUUCCUACAAUGAUUGUCGUCGGAGUAACAAAAGCAGUUAGUGACCAGUUUGGUAAAGGAGGCAUUGCCGACCGCAUGAUCUGGUUUAAUGGCUUUCCGUUCCUAGAUAGCAAGGAAGAGCAUAUAUUUAACGUCCCAGUUUCCCACGCCAUGACAAGCAAACCUGUUGUGUUCUCCGAAACAGGCCUCUCUAUACACAAGGCCGAACAGCUUCUCCAGAAGCACAAGUUUCAGGGCUUCCCUAUUGUUGAGGAUUUCGACUCGAUGACCCUAGUUGGUUUUAUCGGCCGUACUGAGCUUCAUGACAUGUUCGGGCCUUCUACACCGUCGUCUUCCUCCUCUCCGCAAAACGGGGGGUGGCGCGCUGGCGGAACCCCUAUUACAUUUGAUGAUAUAGCAUCAUCCUCAGGUAUCCGAGUAAUUGACCUGAGCCCAUAUGUUGACUUGGCUCCGAUCACCGUCCAUCCGCGCCUUGCUCUCGAGACCGUGAUGGAAAUAUUCAAGAAGAUGGGUCCUCGAGUAAUCCUGGUCGAGCACCGUGGCCAUUUAUCAGGCCUGGUCACUGUGAAGGAUUGUUUAAAGUAUCAGUUUAAAGUAGAGCAUCAAGAGCAUGCAGAUGCAAAUACUACCGCUACUGGUGAUACUACGGCCGGUAUCCACGCAGGGCCCGAGGAAGGUAUCGUAGAGAAAAUAGCGUGGCAGCUUAUUCAAUGGGUUACCGGGCACGCAAGGAAGAUUUUCUGGUUAAAGGGAACUGGCUCUGGGAUAGGAGGGUACGCUCGGGUUCCUCCGGAGGAACUGAGGAGACAUGAAUCUGCGGAGAUAGUCGAUGGCACCGAAGAGAUCGAUACUCAUUUCGAGCUGGAAGAGAGAGAUUAUUAG